AUGCCGUUGUACUUCUACUCCCUCUCGGGGGAGCAUGCCGUUGUACCUCUACACCCUCUCGGGGGAGCAUGCCGCUGUACCUCUACUCCCUCCCGGGGGAGCAUGCCGCUGUACCUCUACUCCCUCCCGGGAGAGCAUGCCACAGUACCUCUACUCCCUCCCGGGGGAGCAUGCCGCUGUACCUUUACUUCCUCCCGGGGUAGCAUGCCGCUGUACCUCUACUUCUUCCCGGGACCUCUCAGACAGUAUAUCGUUCUGUAUCUUUUCCAUCUCUGUAUCCUUCCUUCUGUCUUGUACCUUCACAAUAAUAAGACUUGUUCUCUUUCUCUUUGUUUCAGUCCAGGUAGCAUAGUAGUUAGUUUUUUGAUACACCUCCGCAAGGCUGUGGACGUGGACAGCCUGAAUAACCUGUCCGACAUCCUGGUGCGUGGACUAACCAACAGCAUCAUCACCAUUGAUAACUCAUCCAUCCGAAUCCAUGCAGAAGUGCCACAUUCUACUAUUUCGCCUGUUAGACCCAGCCCUUCGGAGACCUGCGAACCGUUACGCCUGUUACGGUGCGUCAACAGGACGGACUACCAAAACACAGCCUUCCCCAACGCGCUUGGAGAUACCUCACAGGACCAGGCCAUCGCUAGAUACCGCAAAUAUGACUUAUAUUUUGAACUCAAGUGUCACGGAUAUGCCACAGACUUUUAUUGUUCAGCAUACACGCCGGAAUGUCGAAAUAACCGAGCCAUUCUACCAUGUAGAAGUUACUGCGAAGAAGUGAAGAAAAGAUGCAAAGAAUAUCCAAAGAAUGUGUCAUUUCCUGUGGACUGUUCAAAGCUUCCGGAUUCCGACGAUCCAGCCAUCUGUCGACCCAGUCCUUAUAAACCUGGGAAGUGCGUGGAGGUGGAGUUCGAGUACUGCCGUGAGCUGGACUUCAACAGCACGUCGUUUCCCAACAUCAUCGGCUCGACGGCCGAGAGCGAGGUGUCGUCCAUGCUGAAUCUGAUGAAGGGGAUACAGGACGCCACCAAGUGCUACAAACACAGCAUGAUGAUGGGCUGCUCCGCCUUCCUGCCUCACUGCACCGGCACCGAGAGAGUUCCAGGAAACUACAUUCCUCCAUGCAAAAGUCUCUGUAAAGCUUAUAAAGACCGCUGUGAGAUCUUCCUGAACAUAUUUUACCACAAAUGGCCGAACGCUCUGAACUGCGAGUCGCUUCCAGACAGUUCCGACCCCAGCGUGUGUACUGGCUACAAGGAGGCACACGAACCCCCGGAGUUUGGAGACUGUAAGCCUGGUGAACUCCGCUGUGACGUCACUUCCUGUAUUAAACCAGCCUGGGUGUGUGACGGUUACCAAGACUGCAGAGACAAUGCUGAUGAGAAGCACUGUGCAUUCUGCAAAUCGCAUGAAUACCAGUGUUCGCCCACGUCGUUGCUAUGUAUCAACAAGACGUCAGUGUGCGACGGCGUCAAUGACUGCUACGAAGGCGUCGACGAACAGGAAUGUGUUCGUCUGAAGGGCUCGCCCCAGGAGAAUCUGCUGGAGGUGUACAACCCGCCCUUAGACAGGUGGGAGACGGUGUGUGACGAGGGAUGGAACACCACGUUCAGUCAGAUUGUCUGCAAACAACUCGGAUACAGCUCAUCAUACAGCACGAUAACGGAAAUGGAGAUAGGACAGCCGACUGUGGUGGUGGCAGACCUACAGCGAGGCAAAGAUCCCACCCAAAUACAAAGCUACAUACAGAGUGGACAUUUCUGUGCAAGUCGAAAACAUGUGAAAAUAGUCUGUAAAAAUCCAAUUUGUGGUGUGAGACCGGCCCACUAUCGAGAACCUCUGCGUAUCGUGGGGGGCGACGAGGUGAAGCCGGGUACGUGGCCGUGGUUGGUGUCGUUACAAGGAGGAUCCGGCGGGACCUUCUUCUGCGGGGGCAGCGUCAUCAACGAGCAGUGGAUACUGACCGCCGCGCACUGUGUUGGGGGAGGUGGAACCUCUCGUCUGCAGUGGAAGAUCAUGGCGGGACACACGCGCAGACUGACGUACACGAAGUACCGCCAGAUCCGAAAAGGAAAGAAAUUCUUCACGUACCCUAGAUACGACACGCUUACCGUCGACAAUGACAUUGCGCUCAUCAAACUGGACAGACCGCUUGUGUUCACAAACUACCUCCGACCAGUCUGCCUCCCGAAAGCUGAUCUCGUCACUAAGUUGGGUACACGGUGUAUAGCGGCUGGCUGGGGCAAGACUGGGGAUUAUGCCCUGGACUACCAGCCAGCGGUUCUUCAGGUUCAGCUGGAUAUCGCCAACUGGAACGCGUGCAAGGCCGCCGUGGAGUCGUCAGAGCAACAGGUUCCGUACAAACUGACACACAACAUGAUGUGUGCCGGUGGCGGGCUGGGACACGAUGCGUGUGGGGGCGACAGUGGUGGGCCUUUCGUGUGUCACGUUCCAAAUACAACUGACACGUGGUACCAGGCUGGGAUAGUGUCCUGGGGAAUCGGGUGUGCGGUGCCCCAUUCUCCUGGAAUCUACACCAAACUGCCAAAUUACAUAGAUUGGAUAAACGAAGUGAUUGCCAACAAUACCGAUUCUUAGCCCCGAAGUUUGAAAGUGUCAUUCAGAUAACUUUCUACAGAGAUAUUCAGAUCUCCUUCAAAUGAUACCUCUUUCUUCUGUUUUAAAUCCGAGCAGGCGUUACAGAUAUGAACACAUCAAAAGAGAAAUAUUCUAAUUGCUAAAUAUCAUUAGCGUAGCAGAUGUUGGAGAUCAGUCAAGAUACAAGAGGGUAUAAUGUAACGUAAUCCUGUAUCGUAUUGAAGAGCAGAAGCUCCAUCUUUGAAAACCAAAACCAAAAACGAAUAUAGAGAUCAUAGUUACAGAUAUCACACAAUGCAUACAGCACUGAUACAAUAUUACACAAGUUAAUUAUGUAUAUGACAAAUAAAUUUAAACACAUUAGAACAAGCGAAAGGUUGGUAUUUCAAAACCUAAAGUGACGAAAACAUUUACACAAAAAAAGAUUUAAAGAAUGUGCGCCUGACAAGAACAAUGACGUAACAAUUUAUGCUGCUAUGUCAUCAGCAGUAGUGUAUUGUCUAAUUUGUACUGACUGCAGAGACACAAAACGUGUUGUCAAACGCACAUACAAAAGAUCAGCCCCAUAAACCUACUUUCACCAGAAUCCGACAACUUGUGACAUUCGCCUAGAUUCUUCAGACUUCAAGGUCAAGCUAUACUUCGUGAUUCCAGGAACAACCAUUCUUCUUGGAUUUCAUCAUACAAUUAACAAAAUACUCUGAAAACAACUCCGCUGUUGAUUAUGAUGUUGAUAUUAAAUAUCUAAACAUGGACGCCAGUGGCCAGACUGUAGGGGCCGAUACCCUUUUCAGGACUGAUGUUGCAUGAUUUGGCCAAGUGGUUGAAGAGUUUAACGCUAAUGCUUGGUGUUUCCUUGGGUCAAAGGUAUCAGCUACUCAGUGUUGCUGCUCGGUUGUUCUGUGGGAUAAGCCGGCGGACUUGGCAACACUAAUGAUCACCAGUUGUGUCCAGCUGGAAUGAGACAUUGAAUAGACGUUUCUUGUCUGUAGCAAUGACUGUGACUGAUUGUUUGUUUCGGGACUAGUGUCAAUCACAACUUUUGGGGACUUAUGUUCCGUUACUUAAGUGGGACAAGAGCCGAGCAUUUCAAGCUGAUGUUUGUUCUUGUAGCAUGAAGUAAGCAUGAUCAAGAAUUGUGUUCUAAAUUGUUCACUGGUAAAAGUGACUUGUCUUCUGAACAUUGAUGCCAAGUUAUUGUGUGUUUCUGAAGUGCAACUACUGUACUUAGUGAAGGACCUUUCAUGAUUGUUGCUUCGUGACAUAAACUAAAUGGAAUUUCAAGAAUGAUGCUCAGCUGUUCACCGGGACACGGAACUGGACAUCUCGAUACCAACGUACAGUCAUUCAGCAGGAGGACUCGGAACUGUUUGGAACAACUGGCUAGAUAUAUCGGUUGUCCAUUUGAUUAAGAUGUUCGGUUGAUGCUCGGUUGUCAAUUGAGGCUUGACAUUUUAAACCAAAUGAUCCAUUGUUUAAUGACAUAACAUUUAAAACCUAUUAAUAACAAGAGAUGUUUGUAUCCCACAGCUAAUGGGAAGAAGUCUGGUGUUAUUCUUAUGGUUGAUAUUCAUUCAUAUGGUUGAUAUCCAUGUGUAUUGUUUCUGACGAAACAACGUCUGUCGAUAUAUUUUGUCACAUGAUAUGAUUUGAAAUAAUUUUCUGUUGUUGUUGUUGUUGAGAAAGCCACAUGUGGUAUAUUUGUAAAUCAGUUUUGCUUUACGUAGAUAUUUAAAUUGUUCCCUGCUGUAAGUAGAUAGUUGUACUAAAAAUAGAAACGUAUUUUGCUGUAAGAUAACGCUUAUAGUCAUAUUAAUAGAACUAUCUCAUUAAGCUUCUUACUUUUUGUAUUAAACAUAGUAAUUUAUUUAUUUCAAUAUGCUGCCUUAA